UCUAAAGUAACUCAUUCUUUUUGCUUAAUUUAAAGAGACUAGUUUUGUUGUGCUCACAAGUGAAGGAAGGAAGAUAUAUAGAACAAACAAAGUUUGUAACAAAGUUCAAACUCAAACCUUUUAGAAGCAAGAAGAUGAAGUCCAUGAUGAAUGAUAGUAACAUUAGUGAUGAUGGAAACAAUCAUAACUGGUUAGGAUUCUCUCUCUCACCCUACCACAUGAAAAUGGAGCUUACUUCUUCUGACCCUUCUCAACAUCAUCAUCCUAGUCAUCACUACUAUCAUCAUCAUCAUGAUAACCAACCUUCCUCUUCUGUUGUUCCCUCUAACUUUUACUUGAUGUCACCUUCACACCUUAACAUGAACAAUACUUCUUCAUUAUGUUAUGGUCUUGGAGAAAACAACAAUUCUUUUCAUUCUUCUUUACCUAUGAUGCCUCUUAAAUCUGAUGGAUCACUUUGCAUCAUGGAAGAAGCUCUUACUAGAUCACAAUCUCAAGUGAUGAUGCCAACUUCAUCUCCAAAACUAGAAGACUUCCUUGGUGGUGCAACUAUGGGAACUCACAAUCAUGAAUAUGAAGGACAUGAAAGAGAAACAAUGGCUUUGUUAAGCUUGGACAGCAUCUACUAUAACAACAAUGCAGACCAUGAAACCAAUAGAGAACAUUCUUCUCUUGACCAUUCAUCAUACUUUUCAGGUUUUUCUUGUCAUGGAAUGUAUCAAAAUCCAUUAAUGGAAGAAGAACAAACUAAGGAAGAAAGUAUUUAUAGCUUCAAAAACUUUGUGGCUCCUAGAGAUUAUUCUAUGGAGCAACAUCAUCAUCAAGUGAAUAAUAGUGUUGGUAGUAUUGGAGAUGAUGGUUCUGUUGGAACAGUUAAUGGUUGUGGAGAGUUACAGACUCUAAGCCUUUCUAUGAGUCCUGGUUCUCAAUCAAGUUGUGUUACUGUUCCAAAUCAGAUUUCAGCUUCUGGAACUGAUUCAGUAGUUGUUGAAGCUAAAAAGAGAGGACAUGCUAAGGUUGGACAGAAGCAACCUGCUCAUAGGAAAACUAUUAGCACAUUUGGUCAAAGAACUUCUCAGUAUAGAGGAGUGACAAGGCAUAGAUGGACCGGUAGAUAUGAAGCACAUUUAUGGGAUAACAGUUGCAAGAAGGAAGGGCAAACAAGGAAAGGAAGACAAGUUUAUUUGGGUGGUUAUGAUAUGGAAGAGAAAGCUGCAAGAGCUUAUGAUCUUGCUGCUCUCAAAUAUUGGGGACCUUCAACGCAUAUAAACUUCUCGAUUGAAAUUUACCAAAAUGAACUUGAAGAAAUGAAUAACAUGAAUAGGCAGGAAUAUGUUGCUCAUUUGAGAAGAAAGAGUAGUGGUUUUUCAAGGGGUGCUUCAAUGUAUAGAGGGGUGACAAGACACCACCAGCAUGGUAGAUGGCAAGCAAGGAUAGGCAGAGUAGCUGGAAAUAGGGACCUUUAUCUUGGGACAUUUAGCACUCAAGAGGAAGCAGCUGAAGCAUAUGAUGUAGCCGCAAUCAAAUUCCGCGGCCUAAAUGCAGUGACAAACUUUGACAUGUCCAAAUACAAUGUUGAAAAAAUCAUGUCCAGCAACACCUUGCUUGCUGGUGAACAAGCUAGAAGAACAAAGAAGAGUAAAGAGAGUAAUGAAAAAACUGAGGCCAACGAGUGUAACAACAAUGUUGUAUCAAGUCCAAUCAUACAUAGUCAAGAAGUUGAAGCUGUGACCAACAAUGAAAAUAAUUGGAAUCAGUCCCCACAACAAGAGUCAAAUACAUGUGACCAAAAAUUAAUUAGAAAUUCUGAUUUCUCAAUGUCCCUACAAGAUAUCAUUGGGAUUGAUUCAGUAGGAGGAUCUAGCCAAGUUAUGGUAGAUGAUUCUUCCAACAAGAUGAUAAGGACUCAUUUUUCAAAUUCAUCUUCACUUGUGACUAGUUUAAGUAGCUCAAGAGAAUGCAGCCCUGACAACAAAAGUACUGGCCCCACAAUGCUUUUUCCAAAACCUCCAACAGGGUCAAAAACUUUGAGUCCUAUUGCUACUAAUGCUGGAUCUUGGUUUCCCUCAGCUAGUGCUAUCUCAAUGUCCCAUUUUCCGGUUUUCGCGGCUUGGAGUGAUGCUUAGUGCAUAUUUGGAAUGACGAGCAUGAACGAAACCACAGUACUAUCGUGAUUUUGUCAAACUUGUGCUCGGAAAAGGAAAAGAAAAAAAAGAGCAAGGAAUAGUUGUUAGGGUAAGAAGAAAAGAUGGAAUUUGAUGUAACAUUGAUAAUAUGUAUGUUAGUGAAGGAAUUUUGGGAUUAGUUUGGGGUGUAGGAGAAAUUUAUGUGUCAUUUUAAUGUAUGCUAGUGGAACAAAACCUUUUCCAAUCAUAGCUUUUUGGCUCUUUAAUUUGUGGAUGGAAAAUAUGUUUAUGGAGGGAAAGUGUUAUUAGGAGGAAGACUAAUGAUUAAUUUUCAAAUCAAAGUGAAAUGAAAUGAUGUUUUGACAA